AUGAGGAGGGAUCACCUAAUCUCACGGCCGAACAGAGAACGACAUCAGCCUUACGUCAAGGCCCCCGUCCCUUAUUCCUCCCGCUAUGAUGAGGGUCCAUCUAGGCUGAGAAUGGGGACUCAUAUGAAUGAGAGAGAAAUAGUCUACGCCCUAGAAAAACUCGGAAUAAAGGUGAAGUGGUCGCCAAAUAUGAGGUCCGACCCAAAUACUAGAAAAUCUAACGCCCUCUGUGAAUUUCACCAGGAACGCGGGCACAAGACAGAGGAUUGCAUUGCCCUGAGGCAAGAAGUUGUGAACAUGUUGCAGCAAGGACACCUCAAAGAUCUACUGAGCGACAAGGGAACGAACACCUUCGCCAGGGGUCAAGAACGUCAAGGCCCGCCAAAGCUGCCCUCACCGGCCCACACCAUCAAUAUGAUUAUUGGCAGCAAUGACGAUGCCCCCAUCAAUGGUAUCAAGUUCACCGCUAAUCACAAUCUCAAAAUAUUGAUCACCCAUGAAAGGUAUGAUGGACUCGAGGAAAGUAUCAUCUUCGACAAGUCAAUUGCCGAUGGUUUGACUUUCCCUCACAACGAUGCUCUUAUCAUUACUUUACGAAUUUCACAUACUGAUGUUAAGCGUAUCAUGGUGGAUGAUGGGAGUGGAGCGUGA